AUGGCUGACCGAAUCUCCGUACGGAUGACUCUUGCAGCUCAGAUCUAUGGUGGCCCAUCGAUAGAGAGCAACAAGCAGCUCCGGGAAUCAGGGCGGCGGCGCUACGGGCGUCGUCCAGAUCUCGCAGUUGGCCGCAACUCGCGGACUCUCAUCAAAUCGCAAGUGGGCGGAGUACAAGAUAGAGAGCGGAAGCGGAAGCAAGCGGAGGUCGAGGUGAGAGGCGUGGCAGAGGAGGGCAGCUAUGAGCGGUGGCGGAGGAGGUGGCGUGCGGAGGUCUCCAUAGCCACCCCCGUGGGGAAACGACAAAGGAAAUGGGUUCGACAUCGUCAAAUUGGAGAGCUGGGGAUUGGGGCUGUGGGUGGAAGGGAAGAUGACAGUAACAUAGAGGAUGAUGGCGAAAAUGGGUUGGAAGGAAGGCCAAUUUCGGGAAAGCAGGAACAGGGAAUUACGACGCCUCUUGUGGCCAAGAAGACGGAUAAGAGAGGUGGGGUUAUAGUGAAUACCGGUGAGUUGAGCAAGAAGGUGAAGAGCGUUAGUUUCAAUGGAACUCCCAUCCGAACUGUGCUUCUAAGAAACAUGGUUGAUUGGUUAUAUUAUCCGGCCUUUCUGCUCGUCGUGGCCGGGAUUUUCUUAUACUCGAAAAUCAAUCAUAUUAAUGGAGAUGAUAUUGUGCACAACGGAGAGAAGGGCCCAGAGAGGAGUCCAGCCAUUGAGGAUACAAAUUUUGACUCAGAAUAUCAACACCUCAUUGGGGAAGAAAAUUCAAGUCCUGUGAAAUGA